CUCAACUACUAGGUUUUGAUGACUUCAUCCCACCUUAUGCGACCACGAGGGGCCAAGCACUUCUCACCGGUGCAAAUUUUGCAUCUGCGGCUGCUGGAAUAAGGGAGGAAACCGGGCAACAACUGGGUGGUCGAAUUAACUUCGGCGGGCAAUUGCAGAAUUAUCAGGCAGCUGUACAAGAGGUAGUGAACAUUUUAGGUGAUGAAGACUCUGCUGCUAGUUACCUCAGCAAAUGCAUCUUCUCUGUUGGAAUGGGCAGCAAUGACUACCUCAACAACUACUUCAUGCCUGCCUUCUACUCCUCCAGCCGCCAAUACACUCCAGUACAAUACGCCGAUGUCCUCAUCGAACAAUACUCGCAGCAAAUAAGGACUUUGUACAAUUAUGGGGCUAGGAAGGUGGUCUUGAUAGGACUGGGUCAGGUUGGGUGCAGUCCAAAUGAAUUGGCUCAGCUUAGCCCGAACGGCGAAGUCUGUGUCGAUCGAAUCGACAGUGCAAUCCAAAUAUUUAACAGGAAGCUGAUAGCGUUGGUGGAUCAAUUCAACACCUUAGAGGGGGCACAUUUCACCUACAUAAAUGCUAAUGGGAUAUUUGCAGAUAUCAUGAGAAACCCUUCGGCCUAUGGUCUAACGGUUACCAAUAGGGGAUGCUGUGGGGUGGGAAGGAACAAUGGCCAGAUCACAUGCCUCCCAUACCAAACUCCGUGCCCAAAUAGAAAUGAGUAUCUCUUUUGGGAUGCUUUCCAUCCAACUGAGGCUGCCAAUAUAAUUAUUGGUAAAAGGUCUUACAGCGCUGAGUCCUCAUCUGACGCCUACCCCAUGGAUAUUAGUCACCUCGUUCAAGUUUAAUCAGAGGAUUAGUACAACAUCAGGGCUUCUUUUUUUCCAAAAGAAGUGCAAGCUACCACCAUGCUUUCGUUGAAGUAGUGUGCCUUUCUAUGUACUACACCUAUCAAUUGUUAUUUUCUUUGGGGAGUGCAAGUUGUGAUCUUCCAUUUUACUUUUCCUCG